AUGAAGACUGCAAAGCUCAACAAUGCACUUGCUGCAGCCAGUGCGGGCAAUGAUGAAGAUAUGUUGCCGGUUCAGGAUAUUGACGAGUGGUACAAUCAGAAUCCAUCUACUGGCAAUGUUUGCCUCGUUCAAGCCUCAUCUACAACAUCAACAGGAGUGACAGACCUCAGUAAUGCAGACUCGCAGAUACCAGAUACAUGUCAAGACAAGAAUGAAUUAUUCAAGCUCAAAGCUGUGGCAUGGAACAAUGUACCACCAUGA